AUGGUGGAGGUUCCUGCAUCGUUGUCCCCCGUUGGAUCGGAGUCGCGAUCGACCCAAGCUGCGCCCUACGAAACGGUCGCCGAUGAACGCCCUGUCGCUAAUAGAUCCGGUUCACUAUCGCCCUCCGCAGAUACACCGAUUCCCAAUGGCCGCUCUCUUAGUGCCAGCGACGCCUCGCAUGGCGCGCACCGCCCUGCCUCCGCGCGCGCAUCCCACACAGCCCAGCUAUCGCCAUCGUUAGAGGCUCCAACAAGACGAUCAAUGGAUGAGCGGUUCACCAAUUUCAGCAGGAAAACGCCCUCGUUACGCAGCGUCCCCAGCAUCGUCGUCAAUGAGCCGAACUCUCGCCCUGUUUCGCGACCAGGGUCUCGUCCCGGGUCAAGGUGGUCGGAGCGCAAGUGGGGGGGAUUGAGAAAAAAGUCCAGCGACUUGGAAAGGAAAAUGAGCACGGAAGAACUACCGCCGGUACCGCAGAUUGACCUGGAAUUCAGUGGGAUUAGCUUGGACAUACCUACGGCCGCUCUGGAAGGAUUGGGACCGACAAUGAAGUUCUCCACCCGUGGCAGCCUGAUCAGGGAUCGUUCAAAGCGGCCGGUUUUGAAACCACGAGAACAGAACCUGGAGCCUCGAACGGAGCCAAUCCCAGAGGCUCAGAAUAACGAAGCGCAAUCAGAUGCAUGUUCCAUUCAGCAAUCCAACCCGCCUGAUUCAGAGCCAGCUAGCAAAGCGCCGAGUAUAGCGCCUCCCUCCACCAGCCAGGAUGGCGCGAGCGAAGAUAUCCCGGAGGCGACACCACGGCCUUUCAAAAAAGAAGAUCAUCUUCGUCCACGGCAAAUGAGCCUUCAAUGCAGGGCUAUAUCUGCGGAUGAGGAUAUGCUUUCCCGACGAGUGCGCCUCAUGUAUGAGAAAGGCGAUGACGAUGUGACUGAUAAGGACGUCGCAAAGGCGAUCGCAUCGGAAAAUGGCGUUCUCUGGGAGGAGACAACACCCGAUUUAGAGACUGCUUCGACACCCGCUUCAAAUCUCGGCACGCCCCCAGCUUCGAUCGACAGGGCUUCUGCCGAAGUAGAGCGCAAGCGAAUGAAAAGAGAGACCCAGGAACUAGCGGGUGGGAUUGAGUGUUGGCAAAAUAUUGGCGCAGGCCAAGUUGAUCGAUAUGGCUUUAUCCACGCCCCGGACGAUAGCGAGCCCCAUCCUAUCCAGCGCGUUACCACCAGUCUUCAGCUUGCGUCUGAGACCCCUCGUCGCAAACUCUCUAUUCGCCCCCCUACUGCUCGAGCUAGUACUCGCUCGUUCAGUGGAAGAUCCCCGACUCGCAACUUGUCCCAGAGCUCUGCCAACAAUGCACGCCCAACUUCAUCCGCAAGCACCAUCAGCGCACCAGUUAGGCGCUCGACGUCCCGCUUGCGCUCCGCCACUAAUCGUCUCCCACAUAACAGGGACCGAAAGUUCACUGACGAGGCUGCUUAUAUGCUUACGCUCCCCGCAGAUGAUCCUGGGCAGGGAAAAGACACGUCAGCUGCACGUGCGGCGCGCAAGAAGGAGUGGGAGCGCGAGGACAAGUGGACGAAGAUGGCCAAACCGAUCAAGAAAAAUCGCGACGGCGGUGGCAUGAAGUUUGAGUUCGAUACGCACAGUUCGAAACUUAUUGAACGAACAUGGAAGGGCAUACCGGAUAGAUGGCGGUCAUCAGCUUGGUUUUCCUUCCUUGAGGCCAGUGCAAGGCGACAUAAAGAUAGUCCCUCUGAAGAGGAGCUUGUGAACGCUUUCCGUGAAAGUCAAUACGUCUCUUCUCCUGAUGAUGUACAGAUCGAUAUAGAUGUGCCUCGCACAAUCACCAGCCAUAUCAUGUUCCGUCGCCGAUAUCGCGGUGGACAACGACUCUUAUUCCGCGUCCUUCAUGCUAUGUCAUUAUACUACCCCGACACAGGCUAUGUACAAGGCAUGGCUGCCAUUGCUGCUACUUUAUUGGCAUACUACGAUGAGGAGCAUGCGUUUGUGAUGCUAGCCCGUCUUUGGCGCCUUCGUGGUUUGGAAGAGUUGUACAAGUCUGGUUUCGCCGGGCUGAUGGAGGCUUUGGAUGAUUUCGAACGCGAGUGGCUGGCCGGUGGUGAAGUGGCUACACAACUGAACGACGUCGGAAUCCCUCCAACAGCUUAUGGUACCCGCUGGUACUUAACUCUCUUCAACUACUCUAUUCCUUUCCCCGCCCAGCUUCGAGUGUGGGAUGUCUUUAUGCUACUUGGAGACGCUGAGGAACCCGUUGCUGCGCGGCCAGCUACCGCAACUGGAAGAGGACCUAAGGCACCCCCACCACGCCUCGGUACAUUUGGACAGAGCCUCGACGUGCUACAUGCCACAUCUGCUGCCUUAAUUGAUGGCAUGCGGGAUAUAAUUCUGGAAUCUGAUUUCGAAAAUACGAUGAAGGUCCUUACCAGCUGGGUCCCAAUUAAGGACAUCGAAAUGUUUAUGCGUGUCGCCAAAGCCGAAUACAAGGUCCACCGACGUAAGAGAACCCAUUAA